AAGAUUUUUUUCUCAUUUUUAUUUUGAUUUUAAACAUAAAACGAAUCUUAAACAAUGGAAAAAACAGAAUCAUUAUUGCAAACAAACAAAUAUUCUUCAGAAGAUAACAUGUCUUGGAAAAGCUUUGAAACAUGUUUAGCUAUUGUACAAGAAGCUCGGCAACAAUGUUAUCAACUCCUAAAUUCUUCUUCUGUUGAUCCUAUGGCAAAAAGAUACUUAAUGGUAUUAAUGAGGCGACUUCGUGCAGCAAAUAGAGUAGCAUAUCUUGAAGCUCGUUCAGCAAAACAAGAAACUCUACGCCAACGGCAAAUUAUUGACCAACAAUACUUUCAACUUCAAAAUCUUUAUUAUGAACAACAACAUCUUCUAGCUGCAAUUAAAGCAUGUGAAGCUUUUCCUACAUCUUUGGAUUCGCUUUCUUUAAUUCCUGAAAAAGACUUUCUUACACUUCAUCCAGAUCUCAAUAGUGCAAUGGAUCCUCAUACACUUAUGCUUGCUCGACUUUCUUAUGAAAAGCAAGAAAGAGAACGUCUUGAAAAGGUUCGGCGUGAUCUUCUUAAACAAAAAGCUGAAUUAAUUUCUCAAAACAAAAUCCAUAAAGAAGAACUCGAAGCAUUAGAUUCUCAAUUAAAAAAUUUUAUACGUAGCGCUGAACCAUUACGAGAGUUUUUACAAAAAUAUUAAAAUUACUUUAUAAAGACAUAUUGACAUUUUUAUAAUGAAGUAAUAUAAAUAAAAAUUUAUAGAAAAUA